GCCACUCUUUCCUGUAGGCGAUGGCUCGGGCCCUUUCUUGUGGGGUUGAGUACUUUUGCAAUACACUUUUACCAGCCUUAGUACUUGGCAGACUCGCUGUGUGUUUCUGGGUGGGUGCAGCCUGGGCACAGACCAUAGCAUCUCUGUACUGCACUAAUUAUGCUGCAUAGCAGCUGGCACGGCUCCUGGCACAGCACACACCUCCAGCACGUCUUUCCUACUUCUCCACCGCUUGUCCAUCUCUAUAGCUUCCCAUUAGAUCUCCUUAGUCAUUAGACGCCCCCUGAGCUGAUUUUACUGCCAGGAUUCCAGCUGUCCAGACCCCUCCAAGCUGACCAGCUCCUGUCACGGUCAGAAAUAGCCCGGCUCCAGUCUUACACUGCAGUACCCUUCUUCAAUCUGGGACCACCAUGUCCGGGCUGCUGUGCAGAAAACGCAGGAAGGACACCGUAGAGGCAGGAGAGAAGGUGGACAAAAAAGUGAGUGAUCUCCAAGAUGAAGGCAGAAAUGCGAUCAACGCCCCCAUGUCCCCCAGCACCAUUGACAUCCACCCGGAGGACACCCUACUCGAGGAGAAUGAGGAGCGGACCAUGAUCGACCCAAGCUCCAAAGAAGAACCAAAGUUUAAGGAACUUAUAAAGGUUCUAAUAGAUUGGAUUAAUGAGGUUCUUGUGGAGGAGCGGAUAAUCGUGAAGAACCUGGAGGAAGAUUUCUACGAUGGACAAGUCUUGCAGAAGCUUCUAGAGAAGUUGGCAGACAGAAAGCUGAACGUGGCUGAGGUGACCCAGUCUGAGAUUGGACAGAAACAGAAGCUUCAGACCAUCGUGGACGAUAUACAGGAAUAUCUGAGACCACAAGGAUGGCCGAUUCGAUGGAACGUCGAUUCAAUUCAUGGAAAGAACCUGGUUGCCAUUUUGCACCUUCUAGUAGCAUUGGCCAUGCAUUUCCGAGCUCCCAUUCGACUUCCGGAGCACGUGUGUGUGCAGGUGGUGGUCGUAAAGAAACGAGAAGGCCUCCUGCAGACGACCCAUGUGACCGAGGAACUGACGACCACAACAGAGAUGAUGAUGGGAAAAUUUGAGCGCGAUGCGUUUGACACUCUCUUUGACCAUGCUCCUGAUAAGCUGAGCGUUGUAAAGAAGUCAUUGAUCACGUUUGUUAACAAGCAUCUAAACAAGCUGAACCUGGAGGUCGCAGAGCUGGAAACACAGUUUGCAGAUGGUGUUUACCUAGUCCUCCUUAUGGGGCUUCUGGAGAACUAUUUCAUCCCUCUACACAACUUCUUCUUGACCCCAGAAAGCUUUGAUCAGAAGGUUCACAAUGUCACUUUUGCUUUUGAAUUGAUGCAAGAUGGAGGACUCAAGAAGCCAAAAGCAAGACCAGAAGACAUUGUAAAUCUGGAUUUGAAGUCCACGAUGAGGGUGUUGUACAACCUGUUUACAAAGUACAAGAACUUCGAAUGAGACACCGCUAGAGAAAAGCCACUUCUGUGUCUGUUUGUUUUUUUUUUUUUUUUUUUAUAAGUCAAUGGGUCUCAAUUUUUCACCAUGAAUUUUCCCUCACUGGAUUCACUACAAAUGGCGCAUUCUGUAUUUAUAUAGUCAAUCACAAAUUUGGGCCCUAAACCAGAGAAUUUCUAAUUUUUUUUUUCCUUUUUUUUUUUUUUUAGUUAAGAAAAACUUUUUGUACAUAUAUUAUUUUUAUUAUUUUUGUCUUUGAAGUUUUGUCACAUAAAAAAACUUUGGAACUGUAGUUGUCCUGGUUGCCUAAGCUACAUGCGUGAAGUUUAAUGGCUGCUGUGACUACUACUCCUUAUCAAUGACUGACAUCUCUGAGGGACUCAAGGCUCCUCAGAUCGGUUAGUGUUGGGCAGUAUCUUGUGAGCAGUAAAGGAACUCUGCUCGAUAUAGAUGUGUCUUGUAAGUUUGCACCUUUUUUGCGGUCCGCUUGAAUUCAGCACAAUUUGGAUUACAAGAGAGCUAAAAGCAGUGGAGACAUUCAGGUUACAUUAAUGUCUGCGGCUACUGAAUAAUUGAUCCACUGUCUUGAUACUGAUUAGUAACGCCAGCGGAUAAUUAAGAGUCCUUCUGUCCGACAUAAAUUUCCGUUCCUUUGUCGAGAGAAAGCUAGUGUCCUCAUUGUGACAAGCCACUACUUUAAGCUCGGGUGGGGGGGUAAUUACAUCUGUAUUUUAAAGGAGGUUUCCAGGACUAUUAAAUAGUUAGCCAUCAAUAUCAGAAUGGUGGUGGUCUAAUAGUAUGGAGCUGUCUCUGGUAAACAUCGAAAAAGACACUGAGUCUGACCCUUACCGAUCUGGCAUUGAUGGCCAUAAUUUUAGUAGUCCUGGGAGACCCUUUUCAAAGAUACUUUCUGCUUUCAGAUUUACGUAAGGGGUAAUAACAAUAAUAAUAUAAAACAACUAAUAUAUAUGUCUAUACAGUAUAUGUAUAUUGAUUGAUCGACCUAGAUCUAUCUAGAUAGAUAUUAUGGGACAAUGCCAUCCAAAAUGGUUAUGACUACUUUAGUAUUUUGCCAGUCCUCAUCAUUGUCACUUUAAGUAAUUCAUGAGGCCACAUAAGGUUUCCCUAUCUCCAGCAUUACUAUUUUCUGAUGACGUACACGCACCCCCACCACUAGACUGAAUACCUCUUUGUGGCAUAUUGUAUUGUCACGUGAAGGUAGCUGUAUCCAAAUCUGAGGUCAUAACGUCGUCUAGAACUGGAAACCUUUAUGAACAAUGGCAGCUUACACUAUUUAAUAUAUUGAUAUGUAUGGCACCUUACAGUUAGAGACAUAACUGUUAGAUAUUAUAUAGAAUAAUAUACUUAGUAAUUACUUUACAUGGCUUCUCCUGAUCUUAACGUGCAGCCUAUAUUAUAAUCUAGAGCUGCACCAGUCCCUGCUGGUCCUUCAGCGACAAUAUUCCCUUCAUCCUAUACUUGACCACUUCAGCCAAUCACUAGCCCCAGUGGUCACGUGCUGUUUCUCGCACCUAACCGCUGAUGCCAGUGCUUGGUUGCAGUGGUCAAGUACAACACAUGUUCGCUGCAGGGAAUGGAGUGAUGAUAUAUUUAAAGGGGUUUUCAAAAAUCUCAGAAAACUCCUUGAUCCUAGUUCACCCAAGGGUUUUUCUGCCUGCAGAUUAAAACCAUGUUCGACGUGACAGGUUCCCUUUAAUGGGCAUCUGUCAGGAGAUUUGUACUUAUGAAACAGACCUGUUACAUGUGCGCUUGGCAGCUGAAGGCAUCUGUGUUGGUCCCAAGUUCAUAUGUGCCCACA